CAGUAUCACUGCAGCCAGGCUACGGGCACUCUGCUCUGUGCCACCCUCCAAGCAAGACAGACGGCAGGACAGGCUGACAGCUGCCUCUCAGGCCUUCGCACACCAUGGAGGGUACGUUCAUCCAACCCAUGGAAGAGGAUGGGGCCGAUAUGCAUGAGGAAAUGAAAAUAAAUGGGGAGGAGGAAGAGGGAGAAAUGGAGGACUCGGAAGAGGAAACAGAUGAGGACUCCGAACCGGAGCCUCCACACGUCAUUCGGAGGAAGGUGUCGUUUGCUGAUGCGUUUGGGCUCAACUUGGUGUCAGUGAAGGAGUUUGACAAUGUAACAGAGUCAGAAGUCAGCCAGCCCCCGGUGAGUGAGGCAACCCCUCUAUUGGAGGAGUUCUACAUGUCCUGCUUGUUUACAGUCCCCUCAUCCCCGGAGGAGCUUGACCAGAGGCUACAAGCACAGAUGGUUGAACUUGAAAGCAUGGAGCUGCUCCCGGGGACCAGCACUCUCCGUGGCAACGUCAGGGUGGUCAACCUCUGCUAUACUAAGUCUGUUUACGCCCGGAUGACCCUGGAUCGCUGGAUGAGCCACUUUGACCUGUUGGCGGAGUACGUGCCUGGAUCCAGUGACAGGAAAACAGACAGGUUUACCUUCAUGUACACCCUGGUGCCUCCCUUUGAGAGAGAGGGGGCCAGAGUGGAGAUCUGCCUGCGUUAUGAAACCUCCAUGGGCAAUUUUUGGGCUAAUAACGCAGGAAUGAACUAUGCGCUGUUCUGCCACCAGAAAGGACAUGUGAAGGAGCAAGGGUUUCUGGUGCAAGAGGAGAGCCACACCUACAAGAGCAAAAGGAGCUGUCUAAGAGCUAUCAUGAGGGGCAGUGCAGAGGAAAACACCAGGGAGAUCAGUACCACAUCAACGGCUGCUGCAGCAGAAAGAGAGGCCGAGGAGGCUAGCAGGAGGGACAGCACAGAUACACAAUCCUUAAUAAACCGUGAAGAACACGAAACUUUGGUGGACAGCAUUAACAGCCGACACCGAGCAGCACGCUUGUCUCGAGUGAAGGACUACCUCUCCCAGAGGAGCCAGCACGUACCGAAGGCUCACUCACAUGACUCAGCCAAUAGCCGGGGGGUUUCUGCUCAGUGGGGUGACUCUGCCAGCUUUCUCCAAAAACGCCACAAGAAGCAAUCCAACGCGAGUCCACAGGUGCUCACCUACCACCAGAUUCCUCUGCUUACACUGGAUUGGAAUAAUGACAAAGCCCAUGAGUGGGGGGCUCGUGAAAAGGGCGAUAUUUGGACUGGAACAGCUAACAUGACCUUGUCAAAAGCGUCAGAGGAAAAUAUAGAAAAUGCACCUCCUGUCAACGACAUGUGGGAGGCCUUUAGUAAUGGAACAGAUGAUAGCCGUGAUGAAGAAACCUCGGUGUGCGAUGCGUGGCAGGCAUUCCUUAAUGGGCCGAGCUGUACGGAACAUUCUGGCAUUCCAGAGUCAGAAUGGCUGCAGACAGCAGCAUCAGUUUCUCCCUCAAACGAUAAAGAGCCCAAUGCUCAAAAUACAGCCAGCAGUCAAGAGCAGGAAUUUCAAGUGGGCACGGAUACACCCACCACCUUACAUACCUUAGCUGUGUGCCAGCUGCUGUCAGACAGUCUUCCAGCUAAUGUGGCCUUGAACACUGAAGACCUCCAGCCAGCAGAGGCAUGUGUCAGCAGCCCAAGACACGACAACACGGUGACACGAGACACAUCCCAAAGGUCACAGACAAACUCCAUAACAGACUCUACGCGGAUAUAUUGCCUCGAGGGGGCAACGCAGGUGUCCGAAGGCUCUGUUGACAGUUCAACUGAGUGUCACGAGCAUACGAUCUGGGGGCAAGGAAGCGAAGACAUAAUAAGAGGAGCAGAAGGAAUUGGACGAGAUGAGCCCUUUACGCCAUGCACAGAUGACUUAGUAACAAGCUCAGGGGAGUCAGAGACAACAGACAUGACAGCAGUGCCAGAGUCUCAGAAUGCCACCGUCAAUGAUAGGAUCUCACAGGGAGCCACACUGGAUGAGGGUCUUUCUUCCAGCAGGGAAGGCGAGGUUACAGGUACCGCACUCAGUAUGAUGGAUGACAAGCUGGCAUUUACAGGGACAAUCAGAAAGGGGACAAAGGAUGGGGAGAGGUUUGUCUUUUCUACAUCCAGACAAGGAGGGGAGGAAGGGAUGGUGAAUAGCUGCACGGAAAAUAAAGCAUCUACAGAUGAGGAGAUAUUUAGGCCACAGAAAAGGGAAGAGAGUGAAAUCUCCCAGAGGUGUGCAGAUGAAAUGCAACGUGAGGAAUUCAGGCAGAACCAAAACAGUGAAAAUCCAUUACAGGAGAAUGAAAAUGAAAUAAGACUUGUACAGGAAAAUGCAGAUGAAUCCAAUCGGAGCAAUACCUCUGAGGAACAAUUCACGCAAAUUCUAAUAAUGCCAAGUGAAUUCCAAUUAGAUGAAUCAGAAAGGGAAGAUGUUGCAUCAAAUAGCAAAGCCUCAGAAGUAUUCAAGAAGACAGAGAUUGAACCUUCCUAUUGUACUAGAGAUGAAACAAAGAGACUAAUUGGUGCAGAAGUGGGAAUGGUUAAGGUAUUAAAUGAGGAGCACAAUGACCCAGCUUUUAAACAUGGUUCUAUGGAAAAUAUUCUACUGGAAUUGGAAACAGGUGUAGUUUCAAAUCAGAGAGAGAAAGAAAGUAGUAGUCGUGAUGGAAUAAUAGAAGAGCAACAGGAAACAAUCGUUACAUAUGAUGGGAAAGAAAAGGUCUUCCAAGAUGUCCAUGAUACACUCGGAACCUUUUCAACAGAUAAAUGCAACACAUACCCAGUAGAGGUGGUAGAAAUGAGAUGGACUCAUUCACAGGACGACAUGAAGGGUCACAGAGAGGAUGUCGGCUGUGAAAUAAGCCCAGAAGAAGUUACGGAGAACAAGAAGAACAUUGCAAAGAAAGACACUUUAGCAGAACUUCAACACCAACCUGAAACAUUAGAAAGAAGAGUAGAAUGUAUGAGUCACAGAGACACUGAUGAGAGCAUGGGUAUUGGAGAGCUGAAAAUAGAAGUGCUGGAGGACUUGAUGGGUAAUGUGGAGAACCCUCAGGGGGAGAGGAAGAACGCACCGGCUGAUUUGAAAGAACUAGAGUUGUCAGCAGAAGUUGAGAGCUCUACACGCGUUGAACAUAGAAGAUUGUCAGAGGGAACAAAAGACCCUGUUACAGCAGAAAAUACCGUAGCACUUGAAGUGAUCGAGUCAGAUGAGAUGUUCAUCGAACGAUUUGGAGAAGACUUGAUCACUGGGAUUUGGGAGGAGGUGUUUGGUGGGAGGAAUCCAGCCUAUAAUAGAGACACCGGUAUUGUUGAUGGAUUGGGGGGCAAGCAGAAGGUUAAACCUGAUAUUACACAAGAUUGUCUUUUUGAGAAAGACUUCAAUGAUGUCUUUUCCUUGACAGAACUGCCAACAGAUCAAAAUUCAAGCCCCUGUCGAGGACUAGGGAAAACUUUAGCCACUGAGAGCAAGGAGUUCUCCCCAAUAGAGAGUCUGUCACUCACCACGGCAGAACAAACUAACCUUCCCUCAGAAACACAGACAGAUUUGAAUACAAGUGCUCAUCUCAGUAAAGACUUCAGCUCCAUUGUGGCAGCCCAGACCUCUCGGGAAAGCUUCACUCAAAUAAAAGAAAGAUCUGUCACCUGUCGGGAAACAAGCAGACAAAUAAAAAGAUUUGGAGAAGAUUUGAUCGGUAGGAUUUGGGAUGAUGUGUUCGGUCGGAGAGAACAGGCCUCUAAAAGAGACACCGACAUUGUUCAAAGAAUGGGGGGCAAGCUGACCGGUAAACCUGAUGUCACACCAGAUUGUCUUAGUGAGAAAGACUCCAAUGGUGCUUUUGAUUAUGGUGCAUCUUCCCUGACAGAAUUGUCAAAAGAACGCAAUCCAAAGGAGCAGGAAAACUGCACUCAAAUGAAAGAAAGACCUGUGACGCGUCAGGAAACAGGUACACAAAGAGAAGAAGUCGUCCACAGGGAGGGUCUGAAUCGAUCGGAAACAUCUUCUCACAAACAUCUGAGCUCCUCCUCCGACAGAUUGCAAGAGUCCGAUAGAGUUGCAUGGUGGAUAAAGUUAAACCUCCUCCGUGUCAUCACCGGAUUUCUAAUCUGCGUCCUCUUAGUCGCAGGAUUCUUCUGCAUCGUUUUCCUGUAUGAUUUCCCAGCAUUCUUUGCCCUCUACACUUUUUCAUUGUGCUGGUGGUUCUAUAAGUGGAAGAGACAUCGAGUGAAGACAAACAAGGGCAUGGUGGGAUUGGCUGAGAGUUAACGGAGAUGGAAGGGUGUGAAAAUCUGCUGUGUGUAGCAAUGCCUUCCAUAUCUCCAGUCGGGAAAACCACUCACCAGUGUGCAGAUUAUUGACGAAUGGUUUGCAAUCAAACUAAAUGCUACACACACACGAUACAGGUGCUGUGUGUGUGUGUGUGUGUGUGUGUGUGUGUGUGUGUGUGUGUGUGUGUGUGUGUGUGUGUGUGUGUGUGUGUGCUUUCUUUUGGUUGUUUCUAACUAAGUGAGUUCAUUGCAGUGGAUCCCAACUUUUGCAUACUUCUGACCCGUAUCACUUGUUGCACAUCUUCCGGUUAUAAGCUCUUCAACCAAAGAAGGUUUUUCUAAUAUAAAACAAAAUACAAACAAUCAUCUUCCGCUAUGCAACUCCUUGUGGUGGUAUUACAAAAACACUGAGUAACUCAAAAAGCUCAUUUUUCUGUUCAAAAUAAAUCAUGAAUUUAUUUUUGAAAAGCAUUGAAAUAAAUAAGGAUUGUAUUUCUGUUUCUCUUUGAUGAAUAAAAUGAAAAUGUUGUUGAAUGUGUAA